AUGGCAAGUGGCAUCACAAGUGUCCUGUCCAGCAGGAAGAUGGGAAUCUUGGCAUUGGUUGGCUCUCUGACUGUGGGAUUCUUCGUAAAUAGAAAGCAGUAUGUUAGGACUGGAGUGCAUGUACGGAGAAUCUAUUCUCCAAGUGCUGAAUACCCAGAUUUGCGGACGCACAAUAGUUUCAUGGCCAGUCACCUGACACUGGCUGUAUAUGCCAAGCUGUGUGAUAAAUCCACGCCGAAUGGUUACACUUUGGACCAAGCCAUCCAAACAGGCGUGGACAAUCCUGGCCACCCCUCUGUAAUGUCUGUAGGCAUGGUGGCAGGAGAUGAGGAGUCAUAUGAGGUCUUUGCUGACAUCUUUAACCCAGUCAUCAGAGACAGACACAAUGGUUAUGACCCCUGCACCAUGAAACACUCCACUGACAUGGAUUCCAGUAAGAUAAGGGGCGGACAGUUUGAUGAGAAGUACGUGCUAUCAUCUCGAGUCAGGACAGGCAGGAGUAUCCGAGGCUUGAGUCUGCCUCCAGCCUGCACCCGUGCCGAGCGUAGAGAGGUGGAGAGAGUCGUGGUUGAUGCUCUGGGAGGCCUACGAGGAGAUUUGACGGGAAAAUACUUCAGCCUCACUCAAUUGACCGAUCAAGAGCAGCAACAACUUAUUGAUGAUCACUUUCUGUUCAAUAAACCUGUGUCGCCCCUGAUGAUCUGUACACGCAUGGCACGUGAUUGGCCUGACGCGAGAGGCAUCUGGCAUAAUAGUGAGAAAACCUUCCUGGUGUGGAUCAAUGAAGAAGACCACACACGUGUGAUCUCGAUGGAGAAGGGGGGCAACAUGAAGAGGGUCUUUGAGCGUUUCUGCAGCGGGCUUCAAGAGGUUGAGAGACUGGUUCAGGAGAAGGGUUGGGAGUUCAUGUGGAACGAGCGACUGGGUUACAUCCUCACCUGCCCAUCAAACCUGGGCACAGGGUUACGAGCUGGUGUCCACGUUACCCUUCCGCACCUCAGCAAGGACUCUCGUUUCGAUAAAAUAUUGGAUAACCUGAGGCUCCAAAAGAGGGGAACUGGUGGAGAGGACACUGCAUUUGUUAGAAGCACUUUUGAUAUUUCCAAUUUAGACAGGCUGGGCCAAUCAGAGGUCCAACAGGUUCAGACUGUGAUCGAUGGAGUGAACUAUCUCAUCGAGUGCGAGAAGUUAUUGGAAAAAGGUCAGGACAUCAAAAUUCCGGCCCCCAUCAGCCGGUUUAAAUAGCAGGUCCCUUUUCACACCAGCUGGUUGAUUUGAAGCCUUUCCUGCAGCCUUAAGCAUUUGAGGAGAAAUUCCUCAUGCCACUGUAUUGCAGUGGCUUCAUCCUGGUACUCCAUUUCCUUAAAAAACACAUCCCAGGCCAUCUCCUCUUUUGGUUCAUUUUGAGGGCAUUGUCUUCCAAAAACAUUGCUGGUUGAGAAACACCAUGAUUUAAUGUUUUAAUGGUUGGUUAAUAAAAAAUUAUAUAUUAAA